UUCACCUUCUUCUGCUUUUCUCAUUCUAGGAUUUGGACACUGAAGGACUAUGGGCCAAAACAAUCACACUUCUCUGCACGGUUUUAUUCUGCUCGGCUUCUCGGACCAUCCCAAACUGGAGAUGGUCCUAUCAGGAGUUGUCACUCUCUUCUACUUCAUUACGUGGGUGGGUAACACAGCCAUCAUCCUUGCAUCUCUCCUGGAUUCCCAUCUCCACACACCGAUGUAUUUUUUCCUCAGGAACUUAUCUUUCCUGGAUCUAUGUUUCACAACCAGCAUCAUCCCUCAGAUGCUCGUUAAUUUGUGGGGACCUGACAAGACCAUCAGCUAUGUGGGCUGUGUCACUCAACUCUACGUUUAUAUGUGGUUGGGUUCCACUGAGUGCCUCCUCCUCGCUGUUAUGUCCUAUGAUCGUUUCACAGCUAUUUGUAAGCCUCUGCAUUAUUUGGUAAUCAUGAAUCCACAUCUCUGUCUCAAGAUGAUAAUCACAGUCUGGAGCAUUAGUUUGGCUGUUUCUGUAUUAUUAUGUACACUCACCCUGAAUUUGCCUCGAUGUGGAAACAACCUUCUGGACCAUUUCUUGUGUGAGUUGCCAGCUAUGAUCAAGAUAGCUUGUAUAGACACCACGACAGUUGAAAUGUCUGUUUUUGCUUUGGGCAUUGUCAUUGUCCUUACACCACUCGGCCUUAUUCUUAUAUCCUAUGGCUACAUCGCCAAAGCUGUGCUGAGAAUAAAGUCAAAAGAAGGCCAACAAAAAGCAAUUAAUACCUGUGGAUCUCAUCUCACUGUCGUGUCCAUCUUCUAUGGAACUAUUAUCUAUAUGUACCUGCAACCAGGUAACAGUGCCUCCAAAGACCAGGGAAAGUUCCUCACCCUCUUUUACACAAUUGUCACUCCAAGUCUUAACCCUCUCGUUUAUACCCUGCGGAACAAGGACAUGAAGAAUGCAUUGAGGAAGCUGGUGAGAGUUGACCGUGAAUCUACAAAAUCAAAGAGGGACCAAAAGUCAUAGAAUCGUAUUACCCUGGAUAAGACAAUGAAAAACAUUUUCUAAUUGUCUUUCUUUGUUUUAUUCAAGUGCAAUAAACACACAGUGUUAUAUUAGUUUUAGGUAUACAAUGUGAUUCAACAAUUCUAUACAUUUAUCAAUGCUCAUCACGUGUACUUUCAAUCCCCUUUAUCUAUUUCACCCAUCUCCUCACUCACCUCGCCUCUAGAAAUUACUAAUUCCCUAUACUUAAGAGUCUAUUUUUUAUCUCUUUCUUUUCUUUGUUUGUUCAUUUGCUUUGAUGCCUAAAUUCCACAUAUGAGUGAAAUCAUAUGGCCUUUGUCUUUCUCUGACUGACUUAUUUCACUUAGCAUUACAUGCUCUUACUCAACCAUGUUAUGGUGGAUUUUGCAGCAAGAUUUUGUUCUUUUUAUGGCUGAGUAAUAUUCCAUUGUGUUUAUAUACCACAUCUUGUUUAUCCAUUCAUCUAUCAGUUGGCACUU